GUUCCAGUAUAUCUUCGUGGAUUUUUGCAAUUAAUUCAUCCAUACAUAUAAGUUAAGGAAUGAACAGCGUUGGACCUGAGUGUAAUGACUUGAAGAAAGACUACGAUUCUUGCUUCAAUGUGUGGUAUUCGGAGAGCUUCCUCAAAGGUGACUACAAAAGUGAUCCUUGUAGUGAGCUGCUCAAGAACUACAGAGCAUGUGUUUUGAAGGCCAUCAAGGAGAAAAAUAUAGAUCUUUCAGAUAUUGAAACAGAUGUCCUUGGAACCAACAGAGAAAAGCAACCACCUCCAGAAAAGUAACUACCUUUUAUAAAAUCUUGCAAAGUCAUCACCAAUGUUAGCAGGUCAAUGUAGUUAUCCCAGGCAAUAGCCAAGAAACCACUUGCACUUGGCUUGGAAUCAAACACAAUUAUUUGGUAGCCUUCUGACAAAGUUUACCACAUGAUUAAGUGUUUGAAAGCUUGAAAAACGACAGCCACCAGGCACUGGUUGCAGUCCACUGGCAUCUCUGGUUAGAUAACAUGAAAUUCUCUGUAUGGUGUUUGGAGUGUAAAAACAGUUUGCUUAAUUUGCAGCAAAAAUGCUACUAACUUCUCUGUUGACUAUUGGCCAGACAUAAUUUGAUAUGAAUGUACUACAAGAAAAAUCAACU